UGGCGUCUGCAGAUGUGGAGUUCCGUUGUUUCGUCGGUGGUCUUGCUUGGGCAACGACCGACCAGUCUCUCGAGGAAGCUUUCUCCCAGUAUGGAGAGAUUUUGGAAUCGAAGGUCCGUUUCGUGUGUCGUGGGUUGAGAUCCGAGAUCUGAAUCCGGCUCGAUUCGGCCACGCCCGAUCCCUGAUCUGUGUUCUUUGUGUUACUUUGAUUGAUUCUGAUCUCGUUUUGUUAACUACUCUCUCUAAACUGUUACUUUUAUUACCUAAAACGAUCAUCAACGAUCGGGAGACUGGCAGAUCCAGAGGAUUCGGGUUCGUAACUUUCAAGGAUGAGCAAGCGAUGAGAGACGCGAUCGAGGGGAUGAACGGCCAGAGCCUCGACGGUCGUAACAUCACAGUCAACGAGGCACAGUCUCGUGGAAGCGGUGGUGGUGGCAGACGUGAAGGUGGAGGCGGUGGAUACGGUGGAGGCGGUGGUGGAUAUGGCAGACGUGAAGGAGGCGGCGGUGGUUACGGUGGUGGCGGAGGCGGAUACGGAGGUAAUGGCGGUGGUUACGGAGGCGGUCGUGACCGUGGAUACGGCGGCGGAGGCGGUGGAUACUCAAGGGGAGGCGGUGCUCCAGAAGGUAACUGGAGAAAUUAAGAGUCGGGCAAUUGAUGUGUGUAUGAAAUUAGGGUAUGGUCUGUUGUUGUCUUGUGGUUGGUGCUACUAGUCAGUCUUGUUUUUGACCGCCUGUUUGUGUUUGGUUAUUGUUGAGUUUAUAUCAAAUCAUCUGCUGCUCCUUCUUUUCCUCCAUGAAAUUCAACUGUUUUUCUUUUCUUUU